AUGACUUCCCUCCAUUAUGCGUCCAAAUAUGGGCACCCAAAAGUCGUGGAACUAUUGUUGAAACGACGAGCAAACGCCAACGUUAAAGCCGAUGAGUUCAGGGGUUUUGGGUAUGCACCUCUGCAUAUGGUGGCUAAGUACGGUCGCUUAGGACGAAAGCCGAAAAGCAAGAGAAAAGGUUCUCAAUUGUUGGUUCCUGCGACAUUACCUUCUUUGCCAGAAUCAGAUGGUAUUCCCGACGACAUCGACUCCUCCACUGCCAUCAUCAAUCUUCUGGUAAAAUAUGGAGCAGACGUCGACAUCACUGACACUUCUGAAUUGACCCCAUUGCAUCAUGCUGCUCAGAAGAAUAACGAAAUGGGAGCACGCGCGCUCAUUAAGAAUAAUGCUAAAAUUAACAAGAUAGAUCGAAAUGGCGUCUCUCCCCUGAUGUUGGCUUGCAUCCACGGGUCUGCUGCGCUCGUUCAUCUACUGCUCUCUGCUGGAGCAGAUUGCACAUCUAUGGAUAAUCGCGGCAAUACCGUAUAUCAUGCGGCGGCAUUUAGCGGCAAGAAUGACAUUCUUCAGCUCUUGUUCCGCUUUGGAGAAGACCUUCAAGGAAUGUUGUAUAGAGCAAAUAAGGACGGUAAGACUCCGCUUCUCUUGGCCGUGGAUCGAAACCAUUCAAGUACUGUGGCCAUCAUCCUUCCUCUGAUGCCUAAAGAUCGCCCAGAUAUAGACGAAAUUCACAAGUGGAUGUUGCAUACUGCCGCCAGUAAAGGUUAUUGCGAUGUGUGCAAAACGCUGAUUGAGAACGGAUACGACCCCCGUUUGCGCGAUGAUGAAAUGAAGCUUCCACUUCACCAUGCUGCGAAAGAAAACAGUGCUGAUGUUUUGCGGUAUCUGCUUGAACUCGCUCCUGACACUAUUGAUGCGAGCGAUCAGUACGGCUUCACACCAUUCCUGCAGGCCGUAGCAAUGAAUGCACUCGAUGCAGUCAAGGUUCAGUGUUCGUUCAACCCACAAAUUGUGAUAUAA